UCACUAGCGUUACUUUCGCGCGAACGCUUCAGUCUCGCAAACCGUGCUGCUCAACAAACAGCAACGACGGAAAAUAACCAGUCAUCAUUAAAAUUAACUUAACAUUCCACUGCAUUAAAAUUCGGUCGGCCAUUACGUUAUCUGAAGCCCUGCAAGGGUCAACAAUAGGCCCGAUAGUGUAUAUCAUAGAAAAAAAUCAAAAUGUUAAAGUACACAGACGCGCGGAGCAAAAAUCUCUAUUAAUAGAGUAGGGAAUUUAUUGCAUUGGAGCUGAAAAUUCACUAUAGUGCGUAUCGUUCUUGGAAAACGGUUUGGUGGUUAAAUAAAUAAUAGUGACAGUGAAGGGAUUUGAGGAUGGGGUGUGAGCUAACGAAGCUGGCAGCAUCUGAAGUUCAUAAUGACCCCAUAGACCGUCCGCCUCCGCCGGCGGACCCUCGGUCUCCAUUGACCACCAAGCAGCAGUACUGCAUGCUGGCCUCUUGGAAAGGCAUCUUCAGGCAGAUCGAGACCACUGGCAUCAUUCUUUUUAUCAAAUUAUUCGAAGAAAACGAAGAGCUGCUGACCCUGUUCGAAAAAUUCGAGGACCUCAAAACACAAGAGGCACUGGCCAUCUCUACAGAGUUAGCAGAACACGCUACGAAGGUCAUGCACACACUGGAUGAGGGCAUCAAGGGGCUGGGGGAUAUUGACGCCUUCUUCGCAUAUGUGAGGCAUGUGGGGGCUACACAUCACCAGGUGCCAGGGUUCAAGGCGGAGAACUUUUGGAAAAUCGAGCAGCCGUUUCUGCAAGCAGCGAAGACGACGCUCGGCGACAGAUAUACGCCGAACAUCGAAAAUAUCUACAAGAAAACCAUUCGGUUCAUACUGGAAAACCUAGUCAAGGGGUACGAGGAGUCAAGCAAAGAAAACGGGAACGGUCAGAAUGGGCAGACUUGAUGGAUGUAUAGUUUAAGCUGCAGUCACACGAUUAAUGUUAAUGUUAGGCGUUAAAAGAAUUUAAUGAUGUGGACAUUUUUAACCCUAGAUAGCUAACCUCCGUCGAUUCGACGGGCAUUGAAAAGAAAUAACGUUGUAACUUUUUAAUGCCACGUCCAAACGUUUUGUCCCGACUAGCCAACUCAGAGGCCCGGGAGUCCUUUGCAGUGGUGUAGGCAGUGGACAGGUAAGUUUCAUAGUUUUUAGGAUAUUUGAUCUUUGCCCGUCGUUUCGACGGAUGGUUAGCUUUACCGUAAGUAAUUUAGUUUGAGUGCCCGCAUACAUUUUUUUAAUAAAUUUGUAAUUUUUUUAUAUUUUCAUCUUGUUUUCGUUAAAAAACCAUAAAAUAAUAAAUCUACUACUAUAAGAAGUUACUAACGAUGCCCUGGAUGCUAGUCAUGCCCGUGAGACCGAAGACUUUCUGGUGGAAGAUGAUGAGCAAAGUAAUCGUAAUUAUUAACCAUCAGAUUAUGAGUAAAGUUAAGUAAACCCACCACCAGACCUGUCUUCAGACGUGGAACGUGAUUCGUCAAUUAUUUCAAAUGCCGGUCCCUCGGAAAUUACAAAAAUCAGCAUUAUUAUCAUAUCAAAAUAUGCGGUAAACAUAAAGUUGAUUUUUGUGUCACUUGCGCUAAAAAGAAAAAAAAUAUUUUAUGAUUUUAUUACUUUUAAUGUUUUUACGUACCAUAUUAAGUAAAAAAACCGAUUAUUUUAUUUAAAAUUUUCAUUGAUAUUGCAUGUCAAAGUGGUUACUUACAAAAUGUUAAAAUUUCUUUAGAGGUCUAAGAAAAAAUAUUUUAAUUUAAUAAAUAAAUAAAUAAGGUGAAUUUAAAUAAUGCACAUUUAUUCGCAAAUAUAUGAAGGAACCAAACUGUAAAAAAGACUUAGAUUUUUUAAAUUACUUCGUCCAAAAAAUAAUGUUUUUUUAAUACCCGUCGUUUCGACGGAUGGUUAGCUUAAACAGGGUACGCCGGAAGGUUAGCUAUCUAGGGUUAAGAAAUCAAUGUCCGUUUUCACCAUCAAUCCAUAAUUUUUACGUGACUCACAAAUCAUAAGGUGGUAAUACAUAAUUAUUAUAAAUUUUGUUUUAAUAGGGUUCACUUAAAAAUUAGAGAUUUUUUUGCCUGUAUGCUCUUGGCCUGUAUCUCACUUGGAUUAAUGGUGAAAACGGGCAUAAGUGGUCUUUCCACAACACACCACUUGUAUCGUGUGUUGGCCGCUUUAUUUGAUAAUUUUGGAUAGAUAUUUGCACACAUUUUAAUGUAAAAACGUCUCUGUUUUUUUAUACAUAUUAAGAGGUUUAACAACUUCUAUAAGCGAAUUGCAAAACGUUGUAUUAAUGUCAGUAUACCAAGUUACCAACUAGUUUACAAAAUUAAAUGUGUUAUAGGGUACAUUAUAUCAAUUAUAAGAAAUGUGUAUCAUCGUAACUUCAGUUAAUUAUAACUCCAUAAGUAGAUAACAUAAUUAUAAUUACUCUACAAUUCGUAUUACAAAAGCAAUUAAAGCUUCAUAUA